CGUCAACACGUUAAAAACCUGAACAGAAGUCACUAGCGAACUGGGAGUCAAGGUCCGAGUGCGUUAGCGCUGGCUAAGCUAACGAGCUCCUUUACGAAUUAAAAUAGCGGUACCUAAUAACUAUUGCUAAUAUAAGCGUUUUACCUUUUUUGCGAGAAAACGGCGGCAUAUUUUCUACCAUACAAACCAAAGUUGGGGUGAUAUAAGUGAUGUUGUGGCGCUCAUCACGCUGAGUCAUUAGCUAUCUAGCUUGCUAGCUAAACUAGAGAGCCGUGUGUCCAUCCUGUAUAAGUGCACUACCUAGGGGAUGAAGGCAUGGGAGUAUGCGCCCUAUCGAGUGCACUUGGUUUUCAGUAUCGCGCUGUAUUGGGAUGCGGCCUGUAGCUAGUGUUGGUUAUAUCCGUGUAGUUUUUCACUUUCUUUAUUCAUAUAUCUUGAUUCACCUCUGAUAUCUAAUAUCUUAUUUUCCCAACAUUUUAGUAAAUGGUUAUCUUUUUUAAAUUUGAUUUUAAAAUCUUUUAUUGAGCUAGUGUUUUCUACCUAGCUAACCUUGUUUAUCUCUGUGUGACCAUAAAUACCUUUACUAGUUUAUUUCAUAACAAAACUCACAUCUACAAUAAUAGAAGCAUCAAUAUUAAUGUUUAAUAUCUUUUUCUUUUAUAUUUAUAUAUAUAUUUCUUUUAUAUAUCUUUCCUUGGUAUCGUUGUAGCUAAAUAGCAGGCUGGAUGUAAAUAUAUAACAUGACAUGGUUUAUUAUGUAACCUUGGCAUAGAGAUAACAUGACACUAUAAGAGUUUAAAAAUAGAUAUCUUUUUAUUUCCAUAAACCAUGAGUCAUGCACCGUGUAAGGAAGAAAACACUCCGUGUCAUGCUGUUAUAGGACAAUAAUCAACGACUGGAUGGUGUGAUGAAGCUGAGUCACCGGUCCUACAUCGACGGUGGUUAUUUUCCAAUAACAGCAUUCCUCGUAUACUCCUCGGCAAAGAUUACGGACAUUGUGUCGUGCUUUUUUUAUCUGUUUAUAUUUACAUUUAACCCGUCUGCGUCAAUUUAAAAAAGUUACACGUGUGUCCAUAGAGGACAGAAAUGUCCGUGUCAAAAAAACUGUCAUAGAAAUAUUAUAGCUUAAUAUUUUUUUUCCACUUUCACCGACUUCGAUUUAAUUUUUUAAUUUUUUUUUUUACCAGCAUCAGUUCUGAUCAUAAUUACCAUUCAUUCAUUGUCAAAAAUUUAACCCGUUAUACACCGGUUUCUUUACAUAGUGCGAAAUUUUUGAAGCUCAGUAACCUUCUUGGACUCGUAUACAUGGGGAGGGAUUUGUGAUUUACAGUACAAUAUCAUUUCUUUCUUUCAGACUCUUCUCUCACACACACACACACAAUUAUAGCUGCAUCAGUUAUUCAGUUGGUCUGCGGCGCUCUAUAAUACAGCAGAAUCAGAAAAAAGAAAAGCAUGUAUUUUCCCCAGAGGCUAAACCUGAGAAAAUACGAGACAUUUCAGAAAAUGUUUAAAAUAAUGAAAUGUUUUUGUGUACCUGCUUUAAAAUAGAUUUACGAAAGCAAAUGAGGGUGAAAUAUUAAAAUGACAAUAAAAAUGCACACUUUCUUCCUCAGUCACGUGACGAUUUCUCCUCCGUCUGACGGUGACUGAGGUCAUGUGGGGAAUAAAAGGUAACGCUGACAGAAAGUAAACUGAAGAAAGUCAUUAUCGGUGACUCUGGGUGUUUGCUAAUGCUAGCUUGCGUAUGACGUCACGCGCCGUCGUGGCUUAUACUUCGGGUUAGUAAAAAAAAAAAAAAAAACCGCUAGUGAUGUAUUUGAGAUGAUAUUACCUUUCUAAAAUCCACACACUAGACGGUAGAGUACUCCGUGGACAGUGCGUCAUCUGGGACACAACUUUAGUAUUUACUCUCCGAAGCGUGUUUUCGGAACAGAAGUAACGUGGUGAGUAAAUCUCGCCCGUGCUGCGCACGGACCAACUAAUCCAUAAUGAGAUCCAUUGACAACGAUUUUCAUCAUCAAUUAUCCAAUUUAUCUAUUAGUUGUUGCAGGUCUACUCCUCUCAAUGUUAUACACACAUUUCAAAUAUCAUUGACUCCCUUCCAUACAGACAGCAGUACACUGUGACAGCAGUACACUAUGAGAGCAGUACACUAUGUCUGCAGUACACUAUGACUUCAUGAAAUUCUAAUUCAAAAUUCUUGAAGAUGUCUACCAGUCAGUGGUGAGGCUGCAUCAGUCUUUCAGUCUCCACGACAAAGAACAAACCUUCAACACAGACUUAUCCAGAAAAUCUGAAAGACUCGUGCAGUCCAACCAGGAGACGCCAAAUUGUAGUGGACAUUUUACAACACUCGCAGACUCGUCCUCUGAAGGUCAUUUUGGAUGCUGCAGCUCCAUGGGAAAAGUGUAGCCAUGUUCAGCUUCGAGGGAGAUUUCAAGCGGACGCCCAAAGUGUCCCUCGGAGGGGCGACUAAAAAGGAGGAAAAAGCGUCGCUUCUUCACCGGACUCAGGAGGAAAGACGCAAGCGAGAGGACGAGAGGAAAAGGCUGAAAAGCGCCAUCGUCAUCCAGUCUUACAUACGAGGCUUCCAGGAGAGAAAGCGACAACAUGGCAUUCAGCGAAGUCAUUUUGACCACUGUGUGUGUGAGAGUCAGUGUUCCUCCGGAUCCAUGCUCCCGGAUGCUGCGCCGCUCAGUCUGCUCAUCCAUAGGCUGCUAUUCUUCUACCGCUGCAGUGAGGACACACACCGGCUGAUCUGGCUGUGUCAGAGUGUAGUGAAGCACCAGGGCCAGUUUGUGAAGCUGCUGGCCGGACCUGAGAGAAGCACUUGCGUGUUCCAGAUCAAGAGGCUUCUCAGACACUGCUGCAGAAUCCUGCAGCUGUGUAAAAACGACGGCGUAAACGUGGCCAUCCCCAUGCGCAUGCUGGAGGUCUUUUGCUCGGAGAGGACCUACCUGCCCCCUCUACAGGACGCGGGCGCGGCCGCCGCGCUCACCGAGCAGGUUUUGUACUAUCUGGUUCAGAAAGGUUACUACAGGACUCUGUACAUGUUGGCCAAUCACAAGUUACCGUCCAGUCUGGAUUACAGCGACGCCCCCUCACUUCCCCUGGCGCGCAUGCUGCUGGAGCACAUACUCAAACCGCUGCACUUUACCUACAGCUCCUGUCCUGCGGGUGCCAGGCAGUUAGUGUUCUCAGCCUUUACAGAAGACUUCAUCUCUCCUCCUUUCACCGAGCAGAUGUUUCACUUCUUCGUGCCGGCGAUGGCGGACCCCGGACUCUGCUUCCCGUUUCACGAGUUCCUGUUCUCCCUGCAGGCCACCAUCUCCUCGUCAGACCGGCUCCAAAGCCACGCCCCCUGGCUCUUCUACUUCGUGCUGUUGCUCGGGGAAACAGGCCUCAGCUCUCUGUCAGAAGAAGGGCUGCUGUUGUAUUUGAGUUGUCUGCAGGCUCUGCUCCCUCUGUUUCCUGUGAGCGAGAGCUGCACCAGAGCCGACGUCAACAGCGACUCGGAGGACGAGGAUGAUGCCUCGACACACCCUUCUCCUGUACAGGAUGACACCAGGAUGUCGGUGAAGUUGAUCUCACAGCUGUGUGUGCAGAAGUUGGACUCGAAGCAGCAGACGAACGCUCUGCUGUCUCUGGUGUGGAGAGACUCGGCCAGCGAGGACGUCUUCACCAUGGUGGCGUCCAUCUGCCACACCCUCAUGGUGCAGCACCGCAUGAUGGUGCCCAAAGUCAGGCUCCUGUACAGUUUGGCCUUCAACGCUCGCUUCCUCCGACACCUGUGGCACUUGAUAACAUCCAUGAAGACCAAAAUGAUCACAGGGUCUCUGGUGCCGUUGCUGCAGUUGAUGUCUCGCGGCUCUCCCAUGUCUGCUGAGGACUCGAACAGGAUCAUCCCUCUCUUCUACUUGUUCAGCUCGUUGUUCAGCCACUCUCUCAUCUCCAUCCACGACACGGAGUUCUUCGGGGAAGCCAUGGAUGGUGAGAGGCAGGCGUCCAUGAUGCCGUUCUCUCUCCCGGAGUUGGUGACUCUGUCCCGGUGUUUGCGUGAUGCCUGUCUGGGGAUCAUCAAGCUGGCGCAUCCCGAGACUAAGAGCGGCCACAGCGAGGAAUACGCAGCCGCCUUCCGCAGCGUCGGAGUCAAACCCAGCAGCCAAGUGCAGCAGCAGCGCAUCCAGAACCAAAAGAAACGCUGGGUCCAGCUGUUCAAGGUGAUCACGAACCUGGUGAAGAUGUUGAAGGCGCGGGACAGCAGGAGGCCGUUCUGCCCAGGGGGUCACUGGCUGUCCAACGAUGUCCACAUCUGGGCUGAUAAGGUGACUCAGCUGUACGUGCCCUCUACUCGACUCAUGUGGAGGAGGGGGCUCAGGGGCAUAAUCGGACCACUCCGGUCCACGUUAAACGUUGACUUGGUGCCUCCGCCGCUGUCCGUUUCGGAGGAGAGACAACUGGCCAUCCUCACAGAGCUGCCCUUCGUCGUGCCCUUCGAGGAGAGAGUCAAGAUCUUCCAGAGGCUGAUCUACGCCGAUAAACGAGACGCACAGGAGGAUGGCCCUUUCCAUGACGGCAUCACCAUCACCAUCCGGAGAAACUACAUCUACGAGGACGCGUACGACAAACUGUCUCCGGAGAACGAGCCCAACCUGAAGAAGCGUAUCCGGGUGCACUUGCUGAACGCUCUCGGCCUGGACGAGGCCGGCAUCGACGGCGGAGGGAUUUUCCGCGAGUUCCUCAACGAGCUGCUCAAGUCGGGGUUCAACCCCAACCAGGGCUUCUUCAGGACCACCAACGAGGGUCUGCUGUACCCGAGCCCCACGGCCAAGAUGCUCAUGGGCGAGAGCUUCACGCGACACUACUACUUCCUGGGCCGGAUACUGGGCAAGGCUCUGUAUGAGAACAUGUUAGUGGAGCUGCCGUUUGCUAGUUUCUUCCUGUCCAAGCUGCUCGGGACCAGUGCUGACGUGGACAUUCAUCACCUGGCCUCGCUGGACCCCGAGAUGUACCGGAACCUUCUGUUCCUCAAGAGCUAUGAGGGAGACGUGGAGGAUCUGGGCCUGAACUUUACCAUCGUCAACAAUGACCUGGGAGAGGCUCAGGUGGUUGAGCUGAAGCCGGGGGGGAAGGACAUCCCGGUUACCACGGCGAACCGCAUCGCCUACAUCCAUUUAGUGGCCGAUUACCGCCUGAACAAACAGAUCCGAGCUCACUGCCUGGCGUUCAGACAGGGCCUGUCCAACCUGCUCAACCUCGAGUGGCUGCGCAUGUUUGACCAGCAGGAGAUUCAGGUUUUGAUCUCCGGCGCACAUAUACCUAUCUGUCUGGACGACCUGAAGGAAUUCACCCGUUACUCAGGAGGUUACUCGGAAACGCACCCGGUCAUCAAGAUCUUCUGGGAGGUGGUGGAGAACUUCAGCGACGAGGAGAAACGCAAGCUGCUCAAGUUCGUCACCAGCUGCUCACGUCCUCCUCUGCUGGGGUUUAAAGAGCUCCACCCUGCCUUCUGCAUCCAUAACGGGGGGAACGAUCUGGAGCGCCUCCCCACCGCCAGCACUUGCAUGAACCUCCUCAAGCUGCCCGAGUUCUGCGACCAGCACCUGAUGAGGAGCAAGCUGCUCUACGCCAUCGAGUCGUCCUCGGGCUUCGAACUCAGCUGAGAGCCAGGGGGACGGACCGAAACGGGGGGGCGGGCCGGUUCUUUAUUCACAAACGUGAGACGAAAGAGCAAAACAUUUGACAUGCUUGGACCCCGUUGCUGGGAAUGUGAUGAAGGACAACGGGGAGACGGUUUUUAAUUUUGAUCCUGGACACGGAUUAGUCAAAACAGCGUCGAAGGAAGCGACUGCACCGCUCGAGACGUCGUCAUUCAAAGCACUGCACAUCUCCGAAACAUUAAACACGCGAUGCAUAACUCACCAAAGAUUUUUGCUAGGUUAUUUUUGUAGUGCUGGUGCUGGACGUUUAAGAAGAGACGUAGGAGUGCUAACGAGAUGCUAGCCGCGUCUUUCCGAUGUGACCGAGGACGAUGUAGCUUCGCCAAUAAAUACAGAGGUUAUUCGUGCUAACGCGGAGAUUUUGCUUUGCUCUAAGAUCAGACCGCUGAGCACUUUAGCUAUAUAAAAUUAUUAGUAGUUCAGCAUUAGCAACAGUACGUCGUGAUUUUUAGCUUUGCUAAUAACGGGCUAUCACGGGUGACGCAGUAGCUACAGGGAAACUCCGCCUGUCUUUAUUCCCCCCCCCAUCCAGGAUUGCUAAUCGCUGUUUUAAAACGAGACUGCUAAGAUCUUGAAGAUCCACUCAGACGUGCGCUAUUAUCAGUGCAGCCACGUGCACAGUGUACAGUACGGUCGAUGUGAUUCAUCACAGAAGAACUAGCUGACUAACCACCUAGCAUGCUUGAUAACUGGUGUGCUAACUCUCUUCUUUGCUAGCUCACUAGCCUCUAAUUGGCUGGUUGAACACAGCUAGUCUGAUGUUUUUCUUUUCAACCUAAAUAUGUUGCGUUUUAUUUCUCCUUUCGCUCCUACCAUGCUUGCUAGCAUGCAGCGAGCUCAUUCAUUAGUUUGGUAAAUAGCUAGCGAACACUAUUUUUAAGUCGUCCUGUCGAUCGGUUCGGUGACUAGCCAAGUAAAACCCAAUCGGAGCUUGGCACAGCUCGCGUACAUGUUUAAGUAUUCCGUGUUCUUGCUCGUACAUUCCUAAAUAGCUUCACCCACCACUUCUGCUUGGUUUCAACGUCAGCUCGCAGUGCCUUCUGGGUAACUUUCUGCUCCUGGAUCCUUCCAGCUUUAAAGGGUUCAUCUAACCAUCUUUUCUUCAUCUUAUAAUGUGACGGGUGUUCAAGCAAAGCGGGAAAGUGGAUGUGAUGUUCAAAAAAAAAAAAAAAAAAAAAAAAGGGGGCGUGGCUUUGUUUUAGAAUUUCAUCGAGGAGGAAAACAUUUAGACCUUUUUUUUGUUUUGUUUUGUUUUGUUUUUGGUUGGAGUUUCUCUUGUCAUGAUGACCGAUGACGGUUUCAAGCACUAAUACUUGUGUGUUGUGAGUGUGUGUCCGUGCUCAGGGAUGGACAAAUCCGGAACCCAGGACCCAGUCGCGAGCAGGUUUAAUAGGUGUACUAGGACUUUUGAGAGCACCAUCAGCAGUGUCUUUUCUCCCGUCCCGCAGCCAGAGCGAAUAAAUAAACCUCCUAUCGACUUUCAAAAAAGCGGUUUUGAACUACACGCGCAUGUUUAAACAACCCAUUCACGUCAUGUUUUUAAUGGGUCGGGGUUCUACUCGUCACCUGCAGCACUCCACACACACAUCGAUCAAGGACGCGUCGCAGUCAUCGUCACGGUGACCAGAUGCUGACGAACCCGAGCGAAAUGCGGAACGAUUGACGGAUAAGGACAGGACGAGGAGGAUUCCUACACCGAGUCUUCCCCUGAACCAGGAAUUGAAAUAUGCGUGUCAUUCUUCAGCGGUAAUGCGUUUACAUAGACAACUCGCUUGUUAUACUUUUGAUUUUAAUUAAAUUUAAAAGGUUUCCGUGUGACGGGCGAGCGGGUGUGAUUUGUCUAUCCCUGGUGGAGGAUCGACUGACGGUGUGAAUUAAACGUUCUCACAGGUUAACGGUCAUGGGACAUUUUUAUGAAAGUUUCUAACGUUUGUGGAGUGAGUUAGUUAGUUAGUUAGUUAGUUAGUUAGUUAGUUAGUGAGUGUUUUUUUUUAUUUUUUUAUAUAUAUAAACGUGUGCACUUUUCUCUCUCAUGGUCACGGUCACGGUCAUUUCUGCCUCAGCAUGGCCGUGUUCAUUUCGUGCACUGAACAAGCAGCGCGUCCUCUUGACUCGUCGAGCGUCGGCACUGAACCUGACGCCUGUGCAAUAAUGUCCACGAUCGCAAGGCCGUGUCGGAAUCAGCAUCGCGAUCGCCGCUUUACGCUCUCUCUCUCUCUCCGGCUCCGGCUCGUGCCUGUUCGUUUUCUCCUUCCCCUUCUUCUUCUUUCAGUCGUUCAGAAUGAAUACGAGUGCGUGUCCUCCUCUCUUGCACAGUGUGUUGGAAAUGCUUCCUUUGGUCUCGUCUUUUUCACUCUGUACAGCAGGACGAUCUCGCAGCAUCCCUGUUCAUGAUUUAGAACAGAAACGACACAUCGAGUCCGCCCCGACUACAGUUCCAACCCGAGGUGAAAUCCGCAAUAAGGGCACGGGACGUCAGACUGCCUCCAUAUCCGCCGCUGUGAGACGUUUUUUUGUGCUGAAACGUUAACCUCCAGCGUGCCCUGAGCGCUCUCACAUAAUAAUGAUUAACACCGUGUUCUGAGCACAGAGAAAAAUAUCUAUGUAUCAGAGUGUAUGUAAAAAAAAUGAUUAAAUAUGUUUUGGGGGAUUUUAUUUGCAAUCGAGAUUUGAGAACUUUUUAUUACUGUGUGUGUGUGUGUGUGUGUGUGUGUGUGUGUGCACGUGUGUGGUUGGAGAACUGGUUUCCAAGUUUUAUGGCCUCUGACAUAUAAUUAAAGAAACAUCCAGUGAUGAAACACGGCGUGGGGCCGAUCUGUCCGCUGGACACAAAUUAAGCCUGUGUGUGCUUGUCAUAAAUCUAUUAGUGAAAGAAAGUGAGUGUGAGAUGAGAAAGCGAGGAUAUAUCUUUAUUCAUCCUUGGUUCGUCUCCAUACCCUUCUCCCUCUCUCUCUCUCUCUCUCUCUCUCUCUCUCUCUCUCUCUCUCUCUCUCUCUCUCUCUCAGGGUGAGCGAGGCUCUGAUGUGCGGUGCACAGAAAGGGCUAAUUGGGUCUUAAAAAGCCGACUUGUCCCGCUGCUAUGAGGGAUUGAUUUCAAUUAUGGCGUGAUUUAUUUGGGCCUGUUACCUUAUAAUGGAUUACAGCUCGCAAAGUUAAUGCUGCUGGCCAUGAAUCACGCCACACUCACGCAUGCACUGGGUAUUUCCAGGCGUCGUUACAGCUCUUGAGGUCAACUUAUUUAACACCAGAGUAUGAGUAUUAAAACAUUUAAUCCCAGACAAUUCAUUAAGGUUGACAGAUGGUCUCGAACGGGGUUUUGUUUUUUUCUUCUUUUUCGCUGGAGUAUUUUAUUUUUUAUUAUUCUACUUCUCCAAAGAGCUUCACUGCACGUAAACGCCGCGAAAAAAGAUGCUUUGCUCAUUGGUCACAUCCUCGAACGGUGUUCACGCAGAGAACUGAGGAGGGGAACAGAUGUGUAGGUAUGUUCUGAUGUUAAAGAAACUGGAGGGGAACGGGAAUCAAGACAUAGAGUAUUUGAUGAAAAAAGACUCCAACAACAUGCAGGUCAGAGCUGAUUAGCAAGGCCACGGCUAGGCAAAAGAAAUCAGACAACAAAUCCUGACAAAACAACAGUAAAUAAAUCCUGAGUAUACAUGACUAGUCUAUACACAGUAUAUACACAUACACAUUUGUAGCAUGUACGUACCUGCGGUUUUCUCUACGUCGGUAAGAUGCCAAUUUAACAUGAAAGACAAGUUCAUGGAGAAAGCAAAUGAUCAUGAAGACAACUGUAUACCAUAACACACCUAAAGCGUUCUCUCGCAUGUA